GUCUUUGGCCUUAUCUCCAGCUCUAUCUUGAUCUUUAUCUUCAGCCUUUUACUUUUUUUAACCAAACCGGUUUUAUUUGCUGCUCAUUCUUUUUUUUCUGCUGGUAUCUCAUAAGUACUCUGCUUGUUGGUUAUAAAAUGGAUUAUUAUUCAUCUUUGGAUUCUAGAACUCUUGACAGUCAAACUCCAACAUUAUUUGAAAUAAUAUCUGCAAAUGAUUUAGAAAAUUUACUAUCUCCCUCGAUUAAAUUCAUAGUGGUUCACUACGCUACUAAAUAUCCUAAAUAUUUUCUCAAGUUGGCUUUAAAAUUCGACGAGAUCAAUUUGGUAUUAAGAUUUUUAAUUGAAUUUAAUUAUCUUAAAAAUUGGAAUUCAACUUUUAUUGAAAAGUUUUAUGGAUUGAAAAAGGUCUCAAAUAUUGGUCUAAAAAAUUUUAAUAAUAUAUCAAUCAAUAACAACACUAAUAACGAUGAUUUAAUGAAUUCAAUAAAUUCUAAAAAAAGAUUAAGUAAAUCACAAAUUUUUUUUUCCUUAGUUUUCCUAGUUUUAGUUCCUUAUUUAAAGGAAAAGUUUGACAUAGUUUAUGAAAAGCUAUAUUCAGCAUCUUUGGUGAAUAACUUAAACAACCAGAAUAAUAGCAAUAAUAAUACAAAUAACGAUAAAAAUAACGAUAAAAUAUUUAAAAUUAAAAAAGUAUUUCUACAUAUUUAUCCCUUUUUAAACUCAUUAACAAUUGCUUUAAACAUUUUUUUAAAAAUUUUAUACAUUUCAGGCAAAACAAAAUCUCCUUCGAUUGCAAUGCAUUUAUUAAACUUAGAUUAUUCAAGAUUAACUCAAUUUGAUUACAAUUUAAAUGAUCCAACCAAAAAUCUAUCGAAUUUAUCAAAUCUAUCCAAAAAGAAAUUCAAUAGAAUUCGACCAAAGACUUUCGGUGAAUCAAUCUUAAAAUUCUCCUCAUCUCUCAUAUCCCCAAUAUCUUAUUCAAUCAGUAUAUUUGUAAAUUCAAUACUACCGGCAUCAAUUUUCCUACUCAAAUUUUUAGAAUGGUGGCAGCAAUCAAAUUUUGUUAACAAACUAUCUAAUAAUAAUAAUUUGUUGAAUUUCAAUAUUCCUCCUCCAAAUCAGUCUUCUUUAUUAAAAAAUUUCAAAAUUUUUAAGCAAAAUAUUAAAGAUAAUAAAAAAAUGGGUAACCAAAAUAAUAGUCAAAAUAAUGAAAAAGCUAUUGAAAAUAAUGAUAAUGAAAAUUCCAAGCCCAUUGAUAACCAUAAUGAAAAAAUUAUCAUAAACUCAAUCAAUAAUAAUAAAUCUUUAAUAAACUACAAAAACUGCCCAAUUUGUCAUAAUAGCAUUUCAAAUCCUGCAAUUAUCGAAACUGGUUAUGUGUUUUGUUAUCCUUGUAUAUUGAACUAUUUAUCAAAUAUUAAAAAUGAAAAAAUUGGUGGACGUUGUCCAAUAACUGGAAAGAAAUUAUUGGGUUGCAGUUAUUCAACCUCGACUGAAGAAUGGAAAAUUGAAGGAAUAAGGAGACUAAUGUUUUAAGUAUUUUUGGUUUAUUUUUAUACUCAUUUCUCCUUUAUAAUUAUCGAUUCCAUAUAUCUAUAAUACUUAUGUAAAAAAAAAAUUAUAUUUUUUAAUUCAUUUCAAAUUCCAAUUAUCAUCACCCAGAACCCCCUUUUUUUUUUUAAUUUUUUUUUUGUUUUCUUU